GACCGUAAAUCACCGAAACCCUAGCCAUUUAUUUCAGCGGCUUAGUGGAGGCGGAGUUGACCGGCCAAGAGACGACGCUCUCAGGAACUUAUUCACAGAAGGGUUAAACUGUGAGUUAAUAGAUGGCGUUCGCUGCAAUGAAACCCACCAAACCAGGGCUUGAGGAGUCGAUGGAGCAGGAACAUCGCAUCCGGAUUACUCUUUCUUCUAAGAACGUGAAGAAUCUUGAGAAGGUGUGUGCUGAUUUGGUGAGGGGAGCGAAAGAUAAGAGGCUUAAGGUUAAAGGACCUGUGAGGAUGCCGACUAAGGUACUGCACAUCACUACCAGGAAGUCUCCAUGCGGUGAAGGUACCAACACAUGGGAUCGUUUCGAGCUUCGGGUGCACAAGCGGCUCAUAGAUCUCGUUAGCUCUUCUGAUGUGGUGAAGCAGAUUACGUCAAUUACCAUUGAACCCGGAGUUGAGGUUGAGGUGACCAUUGCUGAUCCGUGAGUAUAUAUAUAUGCUUUGGGACUUUAUAUUUUUCAUGAAAAUUUUCUUCUUUUGACAAUUUUCUUCAUCCCAAUUGUUGUUCCCGUUAAUAUGGUUGGUACUUGCGUGCUGCAAUUUUGAUUAUUUUGUUUGACCAUCGUCUUAUGGAAAAGAAAAAUAGCCCAGCAAUGUUUUGUUUUUUAAUGUCCUUUUUGUGAAAUUGUUGGAGUUAUCAAUUAUCAUCAAGAGAUAAAUCAAAUGUUGUGAAAUUCAUCUGGGAACUAGCUCUUAAUUUCACUUGCCAUCUGUGUAGGCUAAGGCU